AUGAUCAUCCUCCACCCAGAUUUCCUUGUUUCAAGUACAGUGGUAGCAGACUCUUUUAGCUGUGUGCGGAAGGCAGUUUUCCAGGACCGUGUCAAAGCAACUGGCGACAUCAGUAAGCCAAUGGUGUACGGGAAUAUUCUUCAUUCACUUUUUCAGAUUGCUUUAGAAGCGAACGAUUUUUCGACUGUGUUUCUACGAAAAAGCAUAGACUCACUCGUCGUCCGGUAUGUAGAGAGUCUAUACAUGCUAAAGGAGCCACUUUCUGUCGCGGCUGAGUAUUUGUGCUCGAAAAUACACCUUAUCCAAGACUGGGCAAGUUUAUUCGUUUCGAAAAAACCUAAGGCAAAUGCUUUCGUCACUGAGCACCGCACAAGAUAUAAUCCAGUAGUUGCUAUUACCAAACUUCUCGACAUCGAGGAGCAUGUUUGGUCCCCAAUGUUUGGCUUAAAGGGAAUGAUUGAUGCCACUGUUCAAGCUACAAUCAUUGACCACAAAAGUGAGAAAGUAUUAACUAUCCCACUUGAAUUUAAGACCGGCAAAAGCACGACUGUAAUGAUGCACCGCGCUCAGACAAUGCUCUAUACUCUUUUGAUGUCAGACCGAUAUGAUAUUGACGUGCAGUGCGGAUUGUUAUACUACUUGGAGAACAAGGAGAUGAUUCGUGUACCGGCUAUCAGAGACGAGUUGCGUGGGAUGAUCAUUGGUCGCAAUCGCCUUGCAAGUUACAUUCGGAACAGAGAAGUCUUGCCGGACAUGCUGAGGAGCAGAUAUACCUGCGGAAACUGUUAUGUUAAGGAAACUUGUUUUAUAUACCAUAAACUUCUAGAAGACGGUACCCCCAAAACUAGUGGCGUUGAGGACCAUUUCCAUGACAUGACCGGCCAUCUUGGCAAAUCGCAUCAAAAAUUCUUUGGGCACUGGGACAACUUACUAUCAAAGGAAGAAAAGGAUAUCUCUCGUUUUAGAAAAGAGCUUUGGGGACUACUCAGUUCUGAACGAGAGGCACUAGGAAGAUGCUUCGGUCAACUUGUUAUUGUGCCAGGCUCAAUCUCUGUUGAUUCUUCAGCUUCGAAGAUCAAUAGAUACACCUAUAUUUUAACGAAGGGCGAAGGGACAGCGGUUCCAGGUUUUACUUUCUUGGAUUCUAUGAUCAACCCUGGUGAACCCAUUGUGAUUUCAGAUGAAAAAGGCCAUUUCGCCCUUGCGUUGGGUUACAUAACAGAAAUUCGCUACAAUCGGGUCACGGUGCGAGUAGACCGGCGAUUACACAAUGCGAGAACGCGCAAGCCUGGGUUCAACAAGAAGACCAAUCAAGUGUUCGCAGGCAUCAUGGAGGUUUCCAAAGAUGGCGAAGAGCAGGAUUUCCCUCAGUCUGUCGUUCCAGAUGAGGGAAUCCGCUAUAGAUUAGACAAGGACGAAUUUAGCAAUGGGAUGGCUUCUGUCAGGAACAACCUUAUUCAAAUCAUGUCACCUAGGGCGAACGAGAAGUAUCGAAAACUCCUCGUGGACUUGGAGCCGCCGGUGUUCAAAAUUUCUCCGACCGCUUAUUCCGUGGAUAGUAGCAGUCAGACUAAUCUGAAUGGAGACCAACGUAAGGCAAUCGAAAAGGUCAUGAGCGCCCAAGAUUACGCUCUUGUACUUGGGAUGCCCGGAACGGGCAAGACCACUACCAUCGCCCAUAUCAUCCGAGCACUUGUAGGGCAAGGAAAAAGUGUUUUAUUAACGUCCUAUACACAUACUGCCGUUGAUAAUAUCCUUUUGAAAAUCAAGAACGACAAUAUUGACACCCUCCGUCUUGGCUCAGGGACCAAGAUUCAUCCCGAGGUCAAAAGCUUCGCACAAUUAGCGGAAGGCCAGAAAACAUCCUUUGAGGAAUUGAGAGAGACCUUCCACAUGCCCAAAAUUGUUGCCACAACAUGUCUCGGAGUAAACCACCCUAUCUUUUCCGAGCGCAAAUUCGAUUACUGUAUCGUUGAUGAGGCCUCCCAAAUAACACUACCUGUCUGUCUUGGCCCGAUCCGAAUGGCCAAUACAUUUAUAUUGGUCGGUGAUCAUUAUCAGUUGCCUCCCCUUGUACGAAGUCCCGAAGCGCGUGAAGGCGGACUGGACAUUAGUUUAUUCAAACUGCUAUCAGACGCCCACCCUCAGAGUGUGGUAAACUUGGAGCAUCAAUACCGAAUGUGUGAAGAGAUCAUGACAUUGUCGAAUGACCUCAUCUACAAAGGAAAGCUCAAAUGUGGUAACGAGCAAGUCGCAAAGAGGACACUACAGAUACCUCACAUUGGUGGGCUGGUGAGGCACCAUUCCUCUACGCAAUAUACACAGUGUGGAAGCGGACCCUGCUGGAUUCGAGAUCUCUUCGCAGAUGGUGUGAAAGCUUGCUUUGUCAACACAGACAAUGUUCCAGCAAAGGAAGUCCGAAAGGGCGAUCGAAUUAACAAUCCGAUUGAGGCUGAUAUUGCGUAUCAACUCGUAGAGGGAUUCUUGAGUUGCGGCGUUGAUCCAUCCUCUAUUGGAGUCAUCUCGGUCUAUCGCUCCCAAAUUAAGAUUUUACAGAACCUCCUCCGUAACAGACCCUCUGUCGAGAUGCAUACGGCAGACAAAUUCCAAGGUCGUGAUAAGGAAAUAAUCGUCAUUUCCCUCGUCCGUUCAAAUGGCGAUCAAAACGUCGGCGAACUCCUCCGGGAUUGGCGAAGAAUCAACGUUGCAUUUACCCGUGCAAGGAGCAAACUACUUAUCCUCGGCUCCAGAUCAACACUUCAAUCCAACGAACUCCUAGCAGACUUUGUCAGACUGAUGGAGAGAAACAAAUGGGUUUACGACCUACCGCCUGAUGCCCAAUCCACCCACUUUAUGCCGCAAACUCAGCCCUCAGCAAGCACCGGCUUCAAGAAGGCGGAACCAACCAAAGGUCCAGAGAACCGUGUGAACGGGAAGAAGUCGUUGAGCUCAAGGCAUGGAUUUUUGGGCAACAGGCCAGUUUUGAGAGACAUUGUAAAUGGUGCAGUGUGA